AUGCCCCAACCGUUCAUGUUCCCCAAUCCCAGGGACGAAUCCUUUCACCCCAGCGAUGAUGACGGCUAUUCUUACAACCACAUGACUCGAGCUGAGGAUAUAGAAGUAAAGCCGAGCGGUUUUAAGAGUGUUUGGUGUGAAGCUACCUUUCCUCACCCCUACAUUCCCGCUGGAGAACUCCUCGCGAAUGUCAACGCAACGCAGAAAUCUAUGAUACUGGCAAAACCUGAGGAUUACAUUCCCCUUACUAUCUUCGGUGGUGGUGCAUACUACCGUCAACAUGAAACAUUCAAGGAGUCUCACCUCGUCCUCCAACAGUGGCUCAGAGACGCGGAAUUUCUGGAUGAGCAAUCGAAAAAUCUCAAAGUCCAUGUUCUAGCAGCAGAACGGAAGGUUUACUCAGCUUUCAAACUUCCUAACACCAUCAUUCUCGAAGGGGCAACGCCUGACAUUCGCAAGUGGAUCGAAAACGUCACUAGAACAUGUCGUGGGGCAGGCACCAACAGCCAAGUACUCGACGACCUGGUGUUCAUGAAGGAGGUCCUGGCUGUAGUCAUAGAGACUCUGUGGAAGAACAAAGGUGUUCUUGGCUGGUUCAAGAAGUACAUCCAGACUCGGUCGUCUGAACCUCAACUGAUGGGCAAAAUGGUUGAACAAGUCCUCUACGACGUCACAAAGUCGUACCAUAUCACUUACAUUACAAGUGGCAAUGCUCAGAAGAAAGUCGAAGCUCGAUAUCAAAUUCAUGGUCGCCAACCUACCGAUAACCCAAAGGAACUCCACUUCCUCGCUGAAUGUCUUAGAAAGAUCGUUUUCAAUGUUGGUUUAGCCAAUUCACAGUCGACAAGAGAAUUAUCAAGUGCGUGUGGUGUAGUCAAUCAAACCAUGCUUGCUUCACAUGCCCCUACCCCCAAACCCCUGGUUUUCUCGGAAUGA